UGGCCACUCCUACAGAAACCACUCUCUACAUUUUAUGAAGAAUCAGGUAUUUCAUCUUCUGAAGCGACAGAAAAGAACCUGUUCUGCUCAAGGUAAGAUAAGAGACUUGUUUAACGAGACUAAAAGUUGUUUAAAAUUUGACUUUUUGUAUGGACAUGAUAUAUAUGUGUGUUGUAAUAUGUUAGUUUCUUAUUAGAGAAAAUAAAAGAGCUAAUUUGGUUAGUCCGUGUUAAUCUAUUAAAAUAUGUGUAAAGGUGUGUGGGUGUAAUAUACAGAUUGAUAGAUUUGUAAUUUUUUAUUAGACAGCUAUGUUAUGGAAGUUAAUGGAGACACAAGAACAAAAAAAAUAAAAAUAAAAAAUGCACAUAUACAUGAUGUGUGUGUAAGCACCAAGCUGAUACGGAUAAGUGUCACAUUGACAAGUUCUUUGAGAACAAGGGGGAGCCAGUGAGUCAGAACCCAGGGAAGCAGGGACCGGUUUACGUUUGAAUAAAUAUAUUUAUUUCCAUCGAGAACAGAAAAGGAAUCAAUCACUUUGUUUUCAUCCAUCCAUCCAUCCAUCCUCUUCCGCUUAUCCGGGGUCGGGUCGCGGGGGUAGCAGCUUCAGAAGGGAGGCCCAGACUUCCCUCUCCCCAGCCACUUCUUCCAGCUCCUGAAAAAAAUUUACAAAAUCACACUUUCAAAAUAAAAGACUUUUCUACUGUGUGACAUGCAGCUUUCAAAUGAUUUGGACCUCAAAAUUCAAUGCACUGAAACAUAUUCAUAAUUUUUCUAAUUGUUCAAAUCACAUUUUGAAAUAUAAAUAAAUAUAAACUGUACAAUUUAUUUUAAGAAUACUGUGAAUUUCAUUAGUUCUUUAAAUUGUUAUAUAAACAAAUACAUUUAAAUUAGUAAGCUUAAGUGAACAGUCAGAAACAAAACUAAAUAUGCAAAAACAAAUCAUAAACAGAGUCUAGUACAGUCCUUAACGUAUUCAUAGUAAGGAGAGUGAUAUAUGAGAAAAGAAAUAUGUACAAGUCCUUCAUUACAUUACUGAACAUAAUAAAAAUAAUAUUACCAAUGAUAAUGUAAAAAAACCCCCAACUAAAUAAUGAUGAUAAUAAUAAUAAAGAAAUGGAAAUAUUAGCAAUGGAAAUUUGACCGAUUGAAUUUACGAUUUCAUGCUGUCUACUUAUACCAUACUGAACUUACAAGUAUUGCAGACUGUAAAUGUAUUCUGUUUAUAAAGGUAUUUGACUAAUAAACACUGUGUCCAUUGCAUACUUAAUGAUACUUAUCCAAUCCUGACCAAGGUUAAAAUGGAUCCAAAACAAAUCUCCCAUGUGAAAACAAAACCAAACCCUGGGGACAGACCUUUCAGCAUGGAGCCAAAAACUCAUGUGAGGGACAAAUGGGCCACAAAGAUGGAGUUCAUCCUGGCGGUGGCUGGACAUAUUGUGGGUCUUGGAAAUGUUUGGAGAUUUCCCUACCUUUGCUACAAAAAUGGAGGAGGGGUUUUCUUCAUUCCUUAUGUUUUAUUUCUAAUCACCUGUGGCAUUCCACUCUUCUUCCUUGAGACAUCGUUGGGUCAAUUCACCAGCCAGGGUGGAAUAACAUGUUGGAGGAAUAUCUGUCCUCUAUUUGAAGGCCUGGGUUAUGGAAGCCAAGUUGUUGUUUUGUACACCGGGGUGUAUUACAUCAUCAUUCUGGCAUGGACAUUUCUCUACCUGUUUUCGUCCUUCAGAACUGAACUUCCAUGGGUGAGCUGCAAUAACAGCUGGAACACAGUCGCUUGUUUUGAACAUGGUCACAAUGAGACAUCCUCUUUCCACCUGUACGCCAACACGACAUCUUCAGUUGUUCAGUUUUGGGAGAGGAGAAUAUUGGGGCUGUCCAAUGGAAUUGAUAACAUGGGGAGUGUUCGUUGGGAUCUGGCUCUUUGUCUGCUUCUUGCUUGGGUGUUGUGUUAUUUCUGCGUCUGGAAUGGAGUUAAAUCCACAGGAAAGGUGGUAUAUUUCACAGCUACAUUUCCAUACGUAAUGCUGGCAGUGUUGCUUGUCCGUGGACUGACAUUACCAGGAGCAAAAGACGGUAUUCUUUUCUACCUCUACCCUGACCCGUCCCGCCUUGCUGACCCAGAGGUAUGGAUGGAUGCAGGCAGCCAAAUUUUCUACUCCUACGGAGUUUGCACAGGUGUUCUGACAUCUUUGGGAAGUUUCAACAAAUACAACAACAACUGUUACAGGGAUUGUAUUUACCUAUGCCUGCUGAAUGGUUUAACCAGUUUUGUAGCCGGUUUUGUUAUUUUCUCUGUGCUGGGUUUUAUGGCAAAAGAGCAGAAUGUGGAAAUUUCCAUGGUGGCUGAAUCAGGCCCAGGCUUGGCAUUCAUUGCUUAUCCUCGUGCUGUGGCUUUAAUGCCUCUGCCUCAGCUUUGGGCAAUAUUUUUCUUUUUUAUGAUUAUCUUCUUGGGAUUAGAUAGUCAGUUUGUAUAUCAGGAGUCCUUGGUUACAACCAUCUCCGACAUGUAUCCCUCCUACUUUCAAAAAACCCUUCUGCGUAGAUUGCUUCUUCUCACAAUUUGUGCUGGAGGUUUCCUGGUUGGUCUUGUGAUGGUCACGGAGGGAGGCCUUUAUGUUUUUCAGCUGUUUGACUACUAUGCCUGCAGUGGGAUGACACUUCUAUUUUUUGCUAUUCUUCAGUCUAUCUGUAUUGGAUGGGUUUAUGGUGCAGAUCGUCACUAUGAUAAUGUGAAGGACAUGAUUGGUUAUCGUCCCUGGCCUUUCAUGAAAUACUGCUGGCGGUACAUCACACCAGCUAUCUGUACCUUCACGUUUCUGUUCUCUGUGAUCAAACAUAAACCUUUGAAAUUCAACAACACGUAUGAAUAUCCAUGGUGGGGAUACGCCUUGGGACUAUUCUUCACUCUCUCCUCAACAUUACUUGUUCCACUGUGGAUGCUGUAUGCUGUGAGCAUCACUCCAGGAACACUAAAACAGAGGCUAAAACAUCUCUGCACUCCAGCAAAGAAUGUACCAGCUGGCACAAUAAAGAAAGCAUCAAACCCUGAAGCAUUUCAGUCAUUCACAGAUUUGUCCACACUGCGUCCAGCCAAUCAUCCACCGGAAACAGAAAACACAGUUCUGAGGUCAUCCGUAGUUUAAUCAACCAUGUUUGUCUGUUUGUCUGCCUAGUGAAAAUUAUUCAGACUCUUGGCAGAUUUAGAUUUAAAAUCUUAAGCAAAGAAAAAGAACAAAUACAUUGAUAAAAUGCAAAUUUUAGUUUAAAUCUAAAUCUGCCAAAUAUAUGAAUCAUUUGGGACUAGAUCUAUUAACAAAUCCGACGAUGAAAUGUGACAUUAUGGAUUUUGCUGUAAUAACAGCUAACUUUAGGUUCCUUGUAAACAAGUAGAUCAAAUGUUAAAACUACCUUCUAGAAAGAUAGCAAACCCCUGGAGCUACAUAGUCUUUUUGAAAUUGAGAAAAUAUUUCAAGGCAAGGGAAAGCAAAAAUAAAAAUAUAUUUUUACAAGAGUUAAUAGCAUGUGUAAAGAUUUACUGGAGCAUGCUUAAAUAAAAUUUUCAAAACUAUGUUAAUUAACUUUAUUAAAUCCAAAGAUUUAAUAAAGUUAAAAAGAAUAACUUUAUUCUAGAAUAGCACUGUACUCUGUUAGGGUACAGAGGUUUUAUGAAGUGUUUCAAGAGUUACUCUGACUCCUUGUUAGGUUGAUGUCAGGGAAGAAAAAAAAUGUGAAUUGGAAGAAAAUAAAAUCAACUUAAAGUAUUCUUUUUUAUUUCAUUUCAAAAAUAUAUUAUGAAGCAAUGAAAUACUUUUCCAAAUCAUACUUAAAUAUAAAAGGACAAAUGUUCAACCCAGGUUAAAUAUCCUCCAGCACUUUAUUAAACACCGUAAGCUUGCUACAGCAAGCCAGCUCUCCUCUGACACUUGAAACUGUGGAAAAACUGGCCUGUACAGCUUUAAUCACAGACAGAUUAGAGGGUAACGUGAAACAAAACUGUUCAGCCAAUUUACACUGUCAUGUCAUGUUGCACUAGGUACAGCUGAAGCAACAUAAAACCUUUUAAGGAGAUCCAGACUGAGAACUAGUUACUAAAACAACAACUUCAGUCCAGAUACUAAAUACUGUGGUUAUGAAAUUAUGCAGCACUGGUUACCUACAAAGCACACUAUCUUUAUUUGUAUUUAAUUUACUCCACUGCCAAUGUGGUAAAAA